AUGCGUUGUUCAUCUUUAAUAAGAACGCCUAAACCUUAUUCACUUCUCCAUGCAACCAAAGAAUUUCACCAGCAGCAUAACAGCGAUGUGAUGAGAUUCAAGGGAGAGUGUAGCUAUAUCGAAGCAGAGGUGUAUGGUGUUAAAGUACUGGGCGUGUUAAAGACUCAUUACUCGAGAGGCAUUGAAGACUCAUUAUCUUCAAUGCUAUUCCUGGGACGAAGGUGCCCACGGAAGACCCCAACCUCUGUUUUGAGAGGCAUUGCAGGCGAGCACCCUAGCAAUGCUAUUCCUGGGACGAAGGUGCCCACGGAAGACCCCACGGCGUUGACAGGCCCUGAUGUUACAGUGUCCAAUACAAAAGACCAAUACGUAACACAACCUCAAUCUUCGCCCAACACCACACCUGAAGGAAUCACCUUCAUAUUUUACAAGAACACAUAA